AUGUACCUCGAGCUGUGGGGCUAUGACAUUGGCCCAGAAGCCCUGGCGAAUAUGUUCGCCGAGCAUCUGGUCUGGAAUAUUUUCCUCACGUCGACAGCCCUUCACGCAGUUGCUUUAAUCACAUCACCACUCCAAGCAGUAUACAAAUGGUACCGACGUCAGAGUAGUGAUGGUGACGUUUGCCUUCCGUAUGUAUGCGCGCUUGUUGGAUCAUCGCUGUGGUUGCGCUAUGCCCUAUUCCUCGAAGAUCCCAAAUUGGCUUUAUUGCAAAUGUAUGCCGUCAGCAUGCAGAGCUUCUUCCUGCUCCUCUUUGUUUACUACCGGACAAAGAAGAAACGUCUCGUUCGCAACCUAUUAAUUGGUGGCACAGUGUUAUUGCUCAUUUUCUACUACACACAAAUCCUCGACUAUGACGAGGCGAAACAGUUUGCGGGUCGUAUGGCUUCGGGAGCGCAGAUUGCUGGCUCUUUUGUGUGUCCGUAUCUGAUCUAUAAAGCCGUUACUUCGGGUUGUAUCGAUUUUAUUCCUAUGGCCCCGGUGUUGUUCACGUGGAUUAUGGAAAUUCACGCGAUUAUCUAUAGCGUUGGCAUUGAUGAUUUUUACAUGAUGAUAGCGAAUACAACAUUCUUCCUAAUGGAUGGCUCCUUAUUAGCCAUGUUUUUCAUCCUACCCACUGAAAAACCGGAAGCGGAAAAACCCAAGGAAGUCAUCUGC